UAAGAGCAGGGACUGCCGUGAAGUGGGCGGGUUGAACCGAGGACGCGGAGUCUUCUGGCGGACAUCAGCCACGCAGGACGUCACAUCGAAGCAUCGCGAGUGGGAACACGCAACCUGCUGCACGCACGCACGCACGCACGCACGCCUCCAGUCCACCACGAUGAGGACGCACGUAUGGAUUUACCAGGCGCUGGUGUGCGCGCUGCUCGGCAUGCUGCACGCAGGCGACUUCAGAAAGAGUCGCCAGUCUUUGCAACGCUACGAGAAGUCCGAAAACCACCUCCUGGUGUGCGCGGACUGUCCUCAGCCGCCUCUGGUGCGGAAGAGCCGCUCGCAGGAACACUGCGCCCGUAAAUGCAAGAAAGUGAAGAAGCACUUCAACUGCAGGGCCUUCAACUUCCACAAGCACAACAGGAAAUGCCACUUGCUUCCCUUCGACCGUUUCGGCCACGGCGUGCAAAAGCAGGCCAACGCCAACUUCACGCUGUACGAGAAGAAAGAUUAUAUAAGGGAGUGUAUCAUGGGACCCAAGGACAGCUACAGAGGGAGGAGGUCUUGGACCAAGUCAAACAUCACUUGUCAAGCUUGGUCUGAUAAUAACAUCAAUGAGCACACGUUUUACCCCGAUAGGUACCCGACGCAAGACCUGAGGGAGAACUUCUGCCGGAAUCCCAACAACGACCCCGGUGGUCCGUGGUGCUACACCACUGAUCCCAACGUACGGGCCGAGGAGUGCGGCAUAGCACACUGUUCCGAGGAUGUUUGCAUGACAUGCAACGGCGAGGAUUACCGAGGAAAAGUAGACCAUACCAAGAGCGGGAAGGAGUGCCAGAGAUGGGACUCAUCGAGGCCACAUAAACACAAAUUUCAGCCCAAAAAGCACAGGGACAAAGGCUUGACGGACAACUACUGUCGGAACCCGGAUAACCGCCUCCGUCCCUGGUGCUUCACUAUGGAUCCCAAGACUCCCUGGGAGUACUGCAACAUCACAGUAUGUGAGUCCGACUCCUUCAGCAGCGAGGAGCCAGAUGUGAACGUGACGGCGUCCUGCGUCCACGGCAAGGGCAAAGACUACCGCGGAACGAUGAAUGUCACUCCCGAGGGGCUGACGUGUCAGCGCUGGGACUCGCAAUUCCCCCAUCAGCACUCGUUCAUUCCCCACCACUUCAAAUGCAAGGGCCUCCGGGAAAACUUCUGCCGCAACCCGGACGGCUCAGAGUACCCGUGGUGCUUCACCAACGACCCCAACCAGAGGAAGGCCACCUGCACGCACAUCUCCAGGUGUGACGCAGAGGACGCGCAGAAAACUGAGUGCUACGAGGACCACGGAGAGACGUACCGGGGCGCUUUAGCCAUCACUCGCUCUGGGAUUCCUUGCGCCAACUGGUCGCAUCACAUAAACAGCGGGGAUUCUCACUCUACACUAUCCCAUGUAGGGCUGGAGAGGAACCACUGUCGCAACCCUGACCGGGACAAGCAUGGCCCCUGGUGUUACACCGACCCAAACACACGCCUGUCUUGGGACUACUGUAAACUGAAGCAUUGUGAUCCUGCCCCAGCGACUCCUCAUGUGAACGCCACGCUCGGCCCCCCUGUUGCGUCGACAACCCGCCCCAGGAUAUCGUGCUUCGUCCACAUUAACACCCGCAUCGUCGGGGGACACCAAGUACGAGGAACAGAUGGCAGCUGGGUCGUGAGCAUCCAACGAGAAAAGAUUCAUUUGUGCGGAGGGUCUUUGAUCCGGGAAAACUGGGUGUUGACGGACCAACAGUGCAUCACGUCCUGUGUUCCCGACCUGAGGGAAUACAGCGUCCAGGUGGGUGUGCACCACCUCAACGAGUCUUCCCGCCAUCCCAGACUCGCCAUUUCUCGUCUCAUCUGCGGGCCAGAGGGAUCCAACCUGGUCAUGCUGAAGCUGUCAGACCCAGCGCCCGUGUCCGAGGGCGCGUCCACCAUCCAUCUUCCCGUAAAGGAGUGUCACAUUGCAGAGGGAACAAACUGCACUAUGUACGGAUGGGGGGAAACCAAAAACACGGGACAGGACGAGACGCUAAACGGCGUGACUAUGCCCAUGGUGGACGGGGACAUGUGCUCGCGAAUCAAAGGGGACGCCAGAGACAGCAGGAUAUGUGCAGGAGGAAGGAGAGGAGAAGGCGUUUGUGAUAAAGACUACGGCGGUCCGCUGGUCUGCCAGGAGCACGAGCGCAAAGUCAUCGUGGGCGUGAGCAUGCAGCGGACCAAGUGCGCCUCGUCCCGCCCGGCGCUCUUCGUCAACGUGGCGUUCUACUCCGAGUGGAUUUACAAGGUCUUCAAGCUGUACCCCAGCCCCGAGGCAAACUGACGCUGUGCUGGGGGAAGACUCACUGAAGUAUUUUGUCUCCUGGAAUAUACUUGAAUACUCACCGAGUACCACGACUACAAGGAUGUGACACCCCGUCUAAGAUCCCACACAGCCCCCUCCUUUCUUUUGCCUUGGCGAGCUGCUGCGGGUUGUGGUGCUAAUGUUUGUAGCAUGAGAGUGAAGGUCCGUGCCAAGGACAACACGGCUGUCGGGUCUCUGUUUGGGGGGGAAGCCUGGCCCCUGGUGGGCCGUGUGGUCAGCAGGACAUUUGUCUUCCGUGCUCGCUCCGUCCUGGUGUACAUACUUUAUUGAUUACACUCACCAUGUCAGAUGUUAUGGGUCUUAUAGACCUUCUUCUUCCUCUCGCCGCUGACGACGUGUUUAAAAAGAGAGUAUUUAUUUUUUUCUUUUGAGGUGAAUUAAGAUGAGCAGCAUGGAGAGAACCAAUAUUCCUAUCCUUGAUAUGCUAAUCGUUAGCAGGCUGGAUAUCAACUUAUUAGGAUCACAAAAUCUGGACUACAACAUUGCAACUGUUAGCGAAGGAGUGCACUAUCUGGCUGCAACCAGUGGGGGCGCUGUUGCCGGAUCCAAUCGUAAUGUCAAUAUUGGAUGCACAAAUGAAACACACUUUUUGAUGUAAAUAACCCAAUCUUAUAUUCUCAAUGUACAUUUUUGCAGAAAAGCACUCCAGUCGUUUUGAGGAUCUUUGGCUAAUAUUUUUGCAGUGGGUUACUAAAAACAGCAGAGCAGUCCGGUCCUGUGGAGGAUCUUUGGCUAUCACUUUUGCAGUUGGUCGUCGAAAAACAGCCCACGACUCUUUUACAUUUAGAGGAUCUUUGAUUUGCAUUUGUACAAUCAGUGAUUCCGUCAUGCGGAGGAUCUCUGACUUAUAUUUUUACAGUAGGUUCCCAAAAACCGAGAACACUCCCUUCAUAUAGAGGAUCUCUGACUUAUAUUUUUACAGUAGGUUCCCAAAAACUGAGAACACUCCCUUCAUAUAGAGGAUCUUUGACUCGCUCUUUUUGCAAAAGGUCGUUAAAAAGAGCAGAUGACUCUUUGUCAUUUUGGAUGAUCUUUGGGUAACAUUUUAACAGUAGGUCAUCAAAAAUAGCAAGCCACUUCUUUGAUAUAAAAUAUCUUUAACUAAUUUUUUUUCCACUCAGUCCUCAAAAACCGCAGACCAAUCCUACCAUAUAGAACAUCUUUGAACUACAUUUGUGCUGUCAGCCCUUACAAACAGCUCAGUGCUCCUGUCACCUAGAGGAUCUUUGACUAUGUUUAUAGUAGGUCCUCAAAAACAUCACUCCAAUCCUUUCCUGUAGAGGAUCUUUGACUUACAUUUGUACAAUUAGUGAUUCCGUCAUGUGGAGGAUCUUUGACUAAUAUUUUUACAGUAGGUUCCCAAAAACCGAGAACACUCCCUUCAUAUAGAGGAUCUUUGACUUGCUCUUUUUGCAAAAGGUCGUUAAAAAGAGCAGAUGACUCUUUGUCAUUUUGGAUGAUCUUUGGGUAACAUUUUAACAGUAGGUCAUCAAAAAUAGCAAGCCACUUCUUUGAUAUAAAAUAUCUUUAACUAUUUUUUUUUCCACUCAGUCCUCAAAAACAGCAGACCAAUCCUACCAUAUAGAACAUCUUUGAACUACAUUUGUGCUGUCAGCCCUUACAAACAGCUCAGUGCUCCUGUCACCUAGAGGAUCUUUGACUAUGUUUAUAGUAGGUCGUCAAAUACAUCACUCCAAUCCUUUCCUGUGGAGGAUCUUUGACUUGCAUUUUUAUAAUCAGUGAUUCCAUCAUGUGGAUGAUCUUUGACUGAUAUUUUUUACACUACGUUCCCAAAAACCAAGAAUACUCCCUUCAUAUAGAGGAUCUUUGACUUGCUUUUUUGUAAAAGGUCGUUAAAAAGAGCAGAUGACUCUUUGUCAUCUUGGAUGAUCUUUAAGUAACAUUUUUACAGUAGGUCAUCAAAAACAGCAAACCAAUUUUUUGAUUUAAAAUAUCUUUAAUUCAUCUUUUUUCACUCAGUCCUCAAAAACAGCAGUCCAAUCCUAUCAUAUAUUUUAAGCUGCAUUUGUACAGUCGGACCUUAAAAAUAUAUAUCAGUGCUCUUGUCACGUGGAGGAUCUUUGGCUAUCACUUUUGCAGUUGAUCAUCGAAAAACAGCCGACGACUCCUCUCAUAGAGGAUCUUUGAUUUGCGUUCGUACAAUCGGUGAUCCCGUCAUGCGGAGGAUCUUUGACUCAUAUUUUUACAGUAGGUUCCCAAUAACCAAGAACACUCUCUUCAUAUAGAGGAUCUUUGACUUGCUUUUUUUGCAAAAGGUCGUUAAAAAGAGCAGAUGACUCUUUGUCAUUUUGGAUGAUCUUUAAGUAACAUUUUAACAGUAGGUCAUCAAAAAUAGCAAGCCACUUCUUUGAUAUAAAAUAUCUUUAACUAAUUUUUUUUCCACUCAGUCCUCAAAAACAGCAGACCAAUCCUACCAUAUAGAACAUCUUUGAACUACAUUUGUGCUGUCAGCCCUUACAAACAGCUCAGUGCUCCUGUCACCUAGAGGAUCUUUGACUAUGUUUAUAGUAGGUCCUCAAAAACAUCACUCCAAUCCUUUCCUGUAGAGGAUCUUUGACUUACAUUUGUACAAUUAGUGAUUCCGUCAUGUGGAGGAUCUUUGACUAAUAUUUUUUACAGUAGGUUCCCAAAAACCAAGAACAUUCCCUUCAUAUAGAGGAUCUUUGACUUGCUUUUUUUGCAAAAGGUCGUUAAAAAGAGCAGAUUGCUCUUUGUCAUUUUGGAUGAUCUUUGAGUAACAUUUUUACAGUAGGUCAUCAAAAACAGCAAACCACUUCUUUGAUAUAAAAUAUCUUUAACUCAUCUUUUUGCACUCAGUCCUCAAAAACAGCAGUCCAAUCCUAUCAUAUAUUUUAAGCUGCAUUUGUACAGUCGGACCUUAAAAACAUAUCAGUGCUCUUGUCACGUGGAGGAUCUUUGGCUAUCACUUUUGCAGUUGAUCAUCGAAAAACAGCCGACGACUCCUCUCAUAGAGGAUCUUUGAUUUGCGUUCGUACAAUCGGUGAUUCCGUCAUGCGGAGGAUCUUUGACUCAUAUUUUUACAGUAGGUUCCCAAUAACCAAGAACACUCGCUUCAUAUAGAGGAUCUUUGACUUGCUUUUUUUGCAAAAGGUCGUUAAAAAGAGCAGAUGACUCUUUGUCAUUUUGGAUGAUCUUUGAGUAACAUUUUUACAGUAGGUCAUCAAAAACAGCAAACCACUUCUUUGAUAUAAAAUAUAUUUAACACAUUUUUUUUCACUCAGUCCUCAAAAACAGCAGACCAAUCCUACCAUAUAGAAGAUCUUGGAACUACAUUUGUGCUGUCAGCCCUUACAAACAGCUCAGUGUUCCUGUCACCUAGAGGAUCUUUGACUAUGUUUAUAGUAGGUCGUCAAAUACAUCACUCCAAUCCUUUCCUGUGGAGGACCUUUGACUUGCAUUUUUAUAAUCAGUGAUUCCAUCAUGUGGAUGAUCUUUGACUGAUAUUUUUUACACUACGUUCCCAAAAACCAAGAAUACCCCCUUCAUAUAGAGGAUCUUUGACUUGCUUUUUUGUAAAAGGUCGUUAAAAAGAGCAAAAGACUCUUUGUCAUUUUGGAUGAUCUUUAAGUAACAUUUUUACAGUAGGUCAUCAAAAACAGCAAGCCACUUCUUUGAUAUAAAAUAUCUUUAACUCAUUUUUUUUCACUCAGUCCUCAAAAACAGCAGACCAAUCCUACCAUAUAGAAGAUCUUUGAACUACAUUUGUGCUGUCAGCCCUUACAAACAGCUCAGUGCUCCUGUCACCUAGAGGAUCUUUGACUAUGUUAUAGUAGGUCGUCAAAUACAUCACUCCAAUCCUUUCCUGUGGAGGAUCUUUGACUUGCAUUUGUACAAUCGGAUCUUUGACUGAUAUUUUUUACACUACGUUCCCAAAAACCAAGAAUACUCCCUUCAUAUAGAGGAUCUUUGACUUGCUUUUUUGUAAAAGGUCGUUAAAAAGAGCAGAUGACUCUUUGUCAUCUUGGAUGAUCUUUAAGUAACAUUUUUACAGUAGGUCAUCAAAAACAGCAAACCAAUUUUUUUAUUUAAAAUAUCUUUAAUUCAUCUUUUUUCACUCAGUCCUCAAAAACAGCAGUCCAAUCCUAUCAUAUAUUUUAAGCUGCAUUUGUACAGUCGGACCUUAAAAACAUACCAGUGCUCUUGUCACGUGGAGGAUCUUUGGCUAUCACUUUUGCAGUUGAUCAUCGAAAAACAGCCGACGACUCCUCUCAUAGAGGAUCUUUGAUUUGCGUUCGUACAAUCGGUGAUUCCGUCAUGCGGAGGAUCUUUGACUCAUAUUUUUACAGUAGGUUCCCAAUAACCAAGAACACUCUCUUCAUAUAGAGGAUAUUUGACUUGCUUUUUUUGCAAAAGGUCGUUAAAAAGAGCAGAUGACUCUUUGUCAUUUUGGAUGAUCUUUGAGUAACAUUUUUACAGUAGGACAUCAAAAACAGCAAGCCACUUUUUUGAUAUAAAAUAUAUUUAACACAUUUUUUUUCACUCAGUCCUCAAAAACAGCAGACCAAUCCUACCAUAUAGAAGAUCUUGGAACUACAUUUGUGCUGUCAGCCCUUACAAACAGCUCAGUGUUCCUGUCACCUAGAGGAUCUUUGACUAUGUUUAUAGUAGGUCGUCAAAUACAUCACUCCAAUCCUUUCCUGUGGAGGACCUUUGACUUGCAUUUUUAUAAUCAGUGAUUCCAUCAUGUGGAUGAUCUUUGACUGAUAUUUUUUACACUACGUUCCCAAAAACCAAGAAUACCCCCUUCAUAUAGAGGAUCUUUGACUUGCUUUUUUGUAAAAGGUCGUUAAAAAGAGCAAAAGACUCUUUGUCAUUUUGGAUGAUCUUUAAGUAACAUUUUUACAGUAGGUCAUCAAAAACAGCAAGCCACUUCUUUGAUAUAAAAUAUCUUUAACUCAUUUUUUUUCACUCAGUCCUCAAAAACAGCAGACCAAUCCUACCAUAUAGAAGAUCUUUGAACUACAUUUGUGCUGUCAGCCCUUACAAACAGCUCAGUGCUCCUGUCACCUAGAGGAUCUUUGACUAUGUUAUAGUAGGUCGUCAAAUACAUCACUCCAAUCCUUUCCUGUGGAGGAUCUUUGACUUGCAUUUGUACAAUCGGAUCUUUGACUGAUAUUUUUUACACUACGUUCCCAAAAACCAAGAAUACUCCCUUCAUAUAGAGGAUCUUUGACUUGCUUUUUUGUAAAAGGUCGUUAAAAAGAGCAGAUGACUCUUUGUCAUCUUGGAUGAUCUUUAAGUAACAUUUUUACAGUAGGUCAUCAAAAACAGCAAACCAAUUUUUUUAUUUAAAAUAUCUUUAAUUCAUCUUUUUUCACUCAGUCCUCAAAAACAGCAGUCCAAUCCUAUCAUAUAUUUUAAGCUGCAUUUGUACAGUCGGACCUUAAAAAUAUAUAUCAGUGCUCUUGUCACGUGGAGGAUCUUUGGCUAUCACUUUUGCAGUUGAUCAUCGAAAAACAGCCGACGACUCCUCUCAUAGAGGAUCUUUGAUUUGCGUUCGUACAAUCGGUGAUUCCGUCAUGCGGAGGAUCUUUGACUCAUAUUUUUACAGUAGGUUCCCAAUAACCAAGAACACUCUCUUCAUAUAGAGGAUAUUUGACUUGCUUUUUUUGCAAAAGGUCGUUAAAAAGAGCAGAUGACUCUUUGUCAUUUUGGAUGAUCUUUGAGUAACAUUUUUACAGUAGGACAUCAAAAACAGCAAGCCACUUUUUUGAUAUAAAAUAUAUUUAACACAUUUUUUUUCACUCAGUCCUCAAAAACAGCAGACCAAUCCUACCAUAUAGAAGAUCUUUGAACUGCAUUUGUGCUGUCAGCCCUUACAAACAGCUCAGUGCUCCUGUCACCUAGAGGAUCUUUGACUAUGUUUAUAGUAGGUCGUCAAAUACAUCACUCCAAUCCUUUCCUGUGGAGGAUCUUUGACUUGCAUUUGUACAAUCAGAUCUUUGACUGAUAUUUUUUACACUACGUUCCCAAAAACCAAGAAUACUCCCUUCAUAUAAAGGAUCUUUGACUUGCUUUUUUUGCAAAAGGUCGUUAAAAAGAGCAGAUGACUCUUUGUCAUUUUGGAUGAUCUUUAAGUAACAUUUUUACAGUAGGUCAUCAAAAACAGCAAGCCACUUCUUUGAUAUAAAAUAUCUUUAACUCAUCUUUUUUCACUCAGUCCUCAAAAACAGCAGACCAAAAAUAUAGAAGAGCUUUGAACUGCAUUGGUACAGUCGACCCUUGAAAACAGCUUGUUGCUCCUGUCAUGUAGAGGAUCUUUGACUAUGUUUAUAGUAGGUCCUCAAAUACACCACACCAUUCCUGUUCCAUAAAAGAUCUUUGACUUGCAUUUUUGCAACAGGUCCUUUAAAAGAGAAUAUUAAUGGACUUUCACAUUUUUAGUCAUCCUCAAAAACAUCAGAACACACCUUUCAUAGGAUCGGAUAGACUUAUUUAUCCCACUAGGGGGAAAUCACGUUGUUGCAGUGUAGGUUUUUACAGACAGUAACAAAAGUAAAACAUAUUGAAAAAUAAAUACUGAAUAUUGUGCACUAGAAUGUAUCGAUAAAAGAUCAAAUAAAACAAAAACCACACCAAGAAAAAAAGAACUUUGACCAAUAUUUGGCCGGUCACUCCUUAACAACAUCACACCACUCCUUUCAUUAAGAAGAUCUUUGAUUAAAAAUGUCCGUCCCCAAAAACAACAAUAAAGGAUCACUUCUGCCACAUAAUGAUCUUUAAACAACUGGAAAUUAUCAAAAACUGUGCUUAUACUUGUUUUACAGUUAAUGCGAUCGCUCCUCACACCAGUUAUCAGUGAAAGGCUCCAAAUAAUCCAAUAAGUCCAAAAAUACAAUAAGUUGCUAUUUUUUUUUAACCAGCUUGUGUUUUAUUGAUAUGUGGCUAUAUUAGCCAUAAUAUAACAAUAUAACAAUAUAACAAUAUAUCACUGGUCAUUUUUUUCAAAGUCCUAAGCUGGUUUUGCGAGUCCAUCCAUUGUCCCUUUUCUGCUGUUUGUCCCUCUCAGGGUCGUGGGGGUUGGGGGGCUGGAGCCUAUCCCAGCUGCACUUGGGCGGAAGGCAGGGUACACAAGUACAUACAGACAAAUAGGUUCUUAUUUCCACAUGGGCAGCACGGUGGAAGAGGGGUUAGUGCGUCUGCCUCACAAUACGAAGGUCCUGGGUUCAAUCCCGGGCUCGGGAUCUUUCUGUGUGGAGUUUGCAUGUCCUCCCCGGGACUGCGUGGGUUCCCUCCGGGUACUCCGGCUUCCUCCCACUUCCAAAGACAUGCACCUGGGGAUAGGUUGAUUGGCAACACUAAAUUGGCCCUAGUGUGUGAAUGUGAGUGUGAAUGUUGUCUGUCUAUCUGUGUUGGCCCUGCGAUGAGGUGGCGACUUGUCCAGGGUGUACGCCGCCUUCCGCCCGAUUGAAAAUGAGAUAGGCUCCAGCGACCCCCCCCCCCCCGCGAUCCCAAACGGGACAAGCGGUAGGAAAUGGAUGGAUGGAUGGAUUUCCACGUGUAAAGAAAAAAACAACAAGCAACUCAUUAUAAUCCCCACUCGCGGACUUUCGUUUUAUUUUUAAUAUGUGAACUGACAAGAAGGCAACUGUGCUUUUAUUUUGUGUUACUUAUUUAAUUGUAAAUAGCCCUGUGUAAAUUGUGUAAUUUUUGUACAUAACACAACGAUGACCGAAUAUAUUUUUUUAUAAUGUAAAAUCCGUCAAAGCUGCUAUUUUUGGGCCUUUUUUUAAUCAUAUAUAUAUAUAAAGAUGCAUUUUUGUUGUUUUUCAAGUGAAAUGUUGUAGUCGCUGCAUUAUUGUGAUUUUAAUAAAGAACUCACGCCAGCGCAGUGAGGUACUGUCAUGGA